AUGUCAAGUGGUGAGCCGAACAACGGCUCGGUGCCCCUCAUCCCCAUACAAAGCCGUCGCCAGUACUCUCGAGUGGACUAUGACCUAGAGCACGACCCCGACGACCACGACGACCGCGACCGCGACCGCGACCACCUCCACGAUCCCUACCACGACUCUGGCAUGCGCCACCAGGUCGACACAUCGUACCCAGGCUCUUCGUACAACCCUCCAGAUAUCAACAUGGCCCGCACACACAUCGCUGCCCAGCUGCGGCCCCGGAAACGGUCUACCAAGUCUGCCAUCGUCGUCGCCUCCUCAUAUGCCUUCGACUGGGUCAUCAUCCUCGCCUCCCUGGGCGUCUCCUACUACAUGGGACAUCACCCACCCAACAAGCGGCCUUUCUUCCUCGAGGACCCAAACAUCUCAUUUCCCUUCACUGAAAACGAGACCGUCCCACCAUGGCUGCUCGUCACCUGCAUGGGCGUCAUCCCCAUAAUCGUCGUCCUGAUCGUCUCGCUCAUCUUCGUGCCCGGAAACACGGUACCAAAGGGCACGCCCAAGUCCCUGAUCUGGAAGCGCAAGCUGUGGGAGCUCCACGUCGGCUGGCUGGGGCUCGCCCUCUCCCUGGCUUCGGCCUGGUUCAUCACCAACGGCAUGAAGAACCUCUUCGGCAAGCCGCGCCCGGACCUGCUCAUCUGCCGCGGCAUGACCGACAGGUCCGACGCGCAGGAACUGCUGGAGGACGGGUUCCGGUCCUACCCCUCGGGCCACUCGAGCUCCGCCGCGGCGGGGUUGACCUACCUGAGCCUGUUCAUCGCCAGCAAGUUCGCCAUCACCUUCCCCUUCCUCGCGCCCGCGCCCGCGGGCCAGGCCAACCCGGCGGCCACCUUCUCCGCCUUCCCGUCCCGCCACCCCGCGGCCCGGCGCCUGCAGGCCUCCCUCGAGCAGGAGCACCUCCACGCGCCCGCGCACGACCAGGCGACGUCGGAGCUCUUCGCCCGGCACAACAAGCGGCUGGCGUCGGUGCGGCAGCAGGCGGCGGCCCCGCCGCUGUACCUGCUCAUCUUCGCGGCGGCGCCCUUCUUCGCGGCCAUCUUCAUCGCCAGCUCGCGGUGGUACGACUUCCGGCACCACGGCUUCGACAUCCUCUUCGGCUUCCUCAUCGGCCUCAUCUGCGCCUUCUUCGCCUUCCGCUGGUACCACCUGCCCAUCUCGCAGGGCGCCGGCUGGGCGUGGGGCCCCCGCUGCAGCGACAAGGCCUUCUGGGCCGGCGUCGGCAGCUUCAGCUACGCCAUGGACUGGGAGGACCUCAGCCAGGAGGCCGGCCCUGUCGACGAGGAGGCCGGCCUCGGCGGCGUCGGCGACAAGGACCGCUCCAUGGCCAGCACGGGGAGCGGCGGUCUGCGCGGGGGCGAUGACGGUGAGGAGGCGGCGAGGCGGCGCGCGCAAUAG